AUGGUGGAUAUUCAGGAGCAGGACGAGUGGAUUAGCUACCUCAGCGAGUGUAAACAGCUGAGUGAAAACGAUAUCAAGCGUCUCUGCGAGAAGGCGCGUGAUGUUCUCUUGGAGGAGUCCAAUGUGCAGCCUGUACAUUGCCCUGUAACUGUGUGUGGUGAUAUCCAUGGACAGUUCCAUGACCUUUCUGAGCUUUUCCGCAUUGGCGGCAACUCGCCGGAUACCAACUACCUUUUUAUGGGUGAUUACGUCGAUCGCGGUUACUACUCUGUGGAAACAGUGACUCUCUUGGUGGCCCUCAAGGUCCGUCACCCGGACCGUGUCACCAUCCUGCGUGGCAAUCACGAGUCGCGUCAAAUCACUCAGGUGUACGGCUUCUACGACGAGUGCCUGCGUAAAUACGGCAACGCGAAUGUGUGGAAGUACUUUACCGAUCUCUUCGAUUACCUUCCUCUGACGGCGUUGAUUGAUGACCAAAUCUUCUGUCUCCACGGUGGUCUGUCGCCAUCGAUUGAUUCUCUGGACCAGAUUCGCCAGAUUGACCGUGUCCAGGAGGUGCCGCAUGAGGGACCGAUGUGUGACCUGCUGUGGUCCGACCCUGAUGACCGCUGCGGAUGGGGUAUUUCGCCCCGUGGUGCUGGCUACACGUUUGGUCAGGACAUUAGUGAAGCGUUCAACCAUAACAAUGGUUUGACGCUUGUGGCGCGUGCGCACCAGCUGGUCAUGGACGGCUUCAACUGGUCGCAGGAGCGCAAUGUGGUGACUGUAUUCUCAGCGCCGAACUAUUGUUACCGCUGUGGCAACCAAGCCGCGAUUAUGGAAAUUGACGAGAACUUGAAAUACACGUUCUUGCAGUUUGAUCCUGCCCCACGUACUGGCGAGCCACUAGUGUCGCGUCGCGUCCCUGACUAUUUCCUUUAA